AUGAAAAUAAUCACAUAUGCGGACGACAUAUUAUUAUUGGUCGGAGCUGUGAGACCACCCACUGCCUUCAAAAGGAUCGAAGGUGCACUCGACCUUCUGUCAAGUUGGGCAUCGUUGUAUGCGUUGGAAUUCUCGGCCAGCAAAAGCCAACUGAUGUCUAUAAAAGGCGGCCUUAAACCGGGAUACUCAGUCAGCUUUGGUACAGCGCCUGACGCCGGUAGAAUAGAAUCGACAGCUACGGCAAAAUAUUUGGGUGUCAUCCUGGAUCCCAAUAGGAGUUACUGGGCCCACAUAGAGGCCAUCAGCAAAAAGUCCAAAGAUAUGUACAGACGACUAAGGGCACUCAGGUCGGCAAACUGGGAGCUUAGCCGGACCACGGCGCGCAUUAUUUACAAAGGCGUCUUCUUGCCCAGAAUUACUUAUGCUGCUGAGGCGUGGAAGGUUAGUUAUAAGCCAGAAGGUGCUAAACAGCGCACAGAGAGCCCCGCUACUGGCCAUUACAAGCGCUUACAAGACGGCUUCUACGAACUGCCUCGCAGCGGUUGCGGGCACAUUACCACUCGACCUGGAAAUCCGUCAGAAUGUCAACAGACGCGAACUCAGGGAAAAUAA